UAAGGGAACAGGAAGUUUAUGACAUUCAACAAUAACGGAACCAGAGGAGAGGACGUGAAACACUAAAAUUAUUUCAACAUUGGAAAUAAUUUGCCAUGAGCUGCCUUUUUAUUUUCAUUCUUUUUUCUUCAAGUGUUGCCAGUCAGGCACAGAAGCAUUUUAACGUUAAAACUGGAGCAUCUGUCACUAUCCCAUGUGGUUAUGAUAAGACAUAUAUACAACAUAAGAAAUACUGGUGCUCUGGGAAAUACUUUAAAUACUGCUCAAUUCAGGCGUAUACCAGUCAAACAACAGGGAAAGUGACAGUGACUGAUAACCCAACGCAGAGUCUCUUUACUGUGACUAUGAAUAACCUCCAGACAGGAGACACUGGAUGGUACUGGUGUGCUGUAGAGAUAGGUGGAAGAGGACAGCGAGAUGUUAAACAAUACCUUUAUAUCACAGUAAAAGAAGAUCCUGAUCUGUCCGUGAAGCAGAGCAGAGUGAGAGGUGAGGAAGGAGGCAGCAUCACAGUCCAGUGUCUCUACAGCGCUGCAUAUCAGAAUACACAGAAGCAGUGGUGCAGGUUCAAAGACAAGAACUGUAACACAUUUCAGAGGUCUGAAACAUCCCAGAAUUCAGCAGUGCAGCUCGGUGAUGAUGGGAGAGGAUCCUUCAGUGUGGAGAUGAGAGGACUGAAGAAGAGUGAUGCUGGCUGGUACUGGUGCAGUGUAGGAGAUCUACAGUUUCCUGUUCACAUCAGUGUCGGUGAUGAUGACUAUUCAGAUUAUCUAGAGUCCACAGAAUACAUGAACCCAGUGACAUUCUGCAUUGCAGACAGUACAAGGACAUGAUCCUGAUGACAUUGAGAAUUUAUAAAACUGGAACAUAAAUUUGCAUUUAUAGUCUGGGAAAAACAUUCAACUGCAAUAGAAUUUAUUUAUUU